AUGUGGACACCUUUAAGACAGAACCAAAGCUGGGUUUCUGAAUUUAUCCUGCUUGGCUUCUCCAGUGAUCCCACGUUCAACAGGAUCCUCUUCAUUUCCUUCCUUCUCCUUUACCUGAGCUCAGUCCUGGGCAAUGGACUCAUCAUCAUCCUGAUCUGCCUGGACAUGCAGCUCCACACACCCAUGUAUUUCUUCCUCUGCAUCCUUUCCUUGCUAGAUAUGGGCUGUGUCACCACCACUAUGCCCCAGAUGUUGGUGCAUCUCCUCGCUCACUCUCAGACCAUCUCCUUUGCUGGCUGUUGGCUGCAGAUGUAUGUGUUUGGUGCCUUGGGCCUAACUGAGUGUAUUUUCUUUGUAGUCAUGGCUUAUGACCAAUAUGUGGCCAUCUGCCACCCACUGCAUUAUACUGUCAUCCUCAGCUGGGGCCUGUGCACAUGGCUGGCAGCUGGGACCUGGGCCUGUGGUUUCUUCUUCUCUCUGAUCCAUACUUUCCUCACCAUGAGGCUGCUAUACUGUGGGCCCAACAUGGUCAACCACUACUUCUGCGAAGGCCCCUCAGUACGAAGCCUGGCUUGCAUGGAUACUCACCUUAUUGAGAUGGUAGACCUGGUCAUCAGUGUCUUCAUGAUGGUUGCCCCACUCUCCCUCAUUCUGGCCUCCUACAUCCGUAUUGGCCAGACCAUUCUCAAGAUCAAGUCCACACAGGGCCGCUGCAAGGCUUUCUCCACCUGUUCUUCCCACCUGACUGUGGUCACACUUUUCUAUGCUCCGGCCAUGUACAUCUACAUGAGGCCCAACUCCAGCUAUUCACCUGAGCAAGACAAGCAGAUCUCACUCUUUUACAAUGUCUUAAGUGCUCUCCUCAACCCUGUGGUCUACAGUCUGAGGAACAAAGACAUCAAGGGGGCUUUUCUCAAAGUGAUGGGUUGGGGUAGGGCAGCCUGGUGA